GCAGCGGGGGUGAAGAGAAAGGACGGGAAGCGCUUUUGGCCGACUCCGGAGUCGCCCCCGGCGCGCGCGACAAUGGCGGGCCUCCCCGGCGCAGUACCGAGGAUGAUGCGGCCGGCGCCCGGGCAGAACUACCCCCGCACCGGCUUCCCGCUGGAAGUGUCCACUCCGCUGGGCCAAGGCCGGGUCAAUCAGCUCGGUGGCGUCUUCAUCAACGGGCGACCCCUGCCCAACCACAUCCGCCACAAGAUCGUGGAGAUGGCCCACCACGGCAUCCGGCCCUGCGUCAUCUCCCGCCAGCUGCGCGUCUCCCACGGCUGCGUCUCCAAGAUCCUCUGCCGCUACCAGGAGACCGGCUCCAUCCGGCCCGGGGCCAUCGGAGGCAGCAAGCCCAGACAGGUGGCGACCCCGGAUGUGGAGAAAAAGAUUGAGGAGUACAAGCGGGAAAACCCGGGCAUGUUCAGCUGGGAGAUCCGGGACCGGCUGCUCAAGGACGGGCACUGCGACCGCAGCACCGUGCCCUCAGGUUUAGUGAGUUCGAUUAGCCGUGUGCUCAGAAUCAAGUUCGGGAAGAAAGAGGAGGACGACGAAGGGGACAAGAAAGAAGACGAUGGGGAGAAGAAAGCCAAACACAGCAUCGAUGGCAUCCUGGGCGACAAAGGGAACCGGCUGGACGAGGGCUCAGACGUGGAGUCGGAACCGGACCUCCCCCUGAAGCGCAAGCAGCGCCGCAGUCGGACCACGUUCACGGCCGAACAGCUGGAGGAGCUGGAGAAGGCCUUCGAGAGGACGCACUACCCGGACAUCUACACCCGCGAGGAGCUGGCACAGAGGACCAAGCUGACUGAGGCGCGCGUCCAGGUCUGGUUCAGUAACCGCCGUGCGCGUUGGCGUAAGCAGGCAGGAGCCAAUCAGCUGGCAGCGUUCAACCACCUUCUGCCCGGGGGCUUUCCGCCCACCGGCAUGCCCACGCUGCCCCCCUACCAGCUGCCGGAUUCCACCUACCCCACCACCACCAUUUCCCAAGAUGGGGGCAGCACAGUGCACCGGCCCCAGCCCCUCCCGCCAUCCACCAUGCACCAGGGGGGGCUGGCUGUGGCCGCCGCAGCCGCGGACACCAGCUCCGCCUAUGGAGCCCGCCACAGCUUCUCCAGCUACUCCGACAGCUUCAUGAACGCGGCGGCGCCCUCCAACCACAUGAACCCCGUCAGCAACGGCCUGUCUCCUCAGGUGAUGAGCAUUCUGAGCAACCCCAGCGCGGUGCCGCCACAGCCGCAGGCCGACUUCUCCAUCUCCCCGCUGCACGGCGGCCUGGACUCGGCCUCCUCCAUCUCGGCCAGCUGCAGCCAGCGGGCGGACUCCAUCAAGCCAGGGGACAGCCUGCCCACCUCCCAGUCCUACUGCCCACCCACCUACAGCACCACCGGCUACAGCGUGGACCCCGUGGCUGGCUACCAGUACGGCCAGUACGGCCAGACUGCUGUUGAUUACCUGGCCAAAAACGUGAGCCUCUCCACACAGCGCCGCAUGAAGCUCGGGGAGCACUCCGCCGUGCUGGGACUCCUGCCCGUGGAGACCGGCCAGGCCUACUAGGGCCCCUGGGGCGACUUGCCCCAGCCCAAGGCCCAGCUUCACCCUUACUGGUCCCUGAACCUCCCAGCCUCAGUCCCCCCAUCACCCUGGGGUCCCAGGAGGCCGGGAAAGGAGCCCAUUCCCUUGUGAUAGCCAGUCCUCCGGAGGCGUGCCGCCAGCCUCGUGUGCACCUGUGCUGGGGGCCCAGCGUGACCCCACCUUGGCAUCUGCCCCUUUACUUUGUCCCCAGGGGGGUUCCUGGUCAGCCCACAGCCUUGUCCCAGUCAAACCCUGUCACUGUGCGGCCCCUGUGCCAUCUGAGGCACAGAGAUGGAGGCUCACCCCGCAGAGGGCACCAUGAGCCCCCGGAGGAGGGUGGGGUCUGGGAUGAGGGCCUGUGGGCACCCUGGCCGGAGGUGGAGGAGCUCACAGGCCGCUCUCCGCCGGAAGUGCUGGGAGCCAGUCCCUCCAGGUGGGUCUCUGGCCCAGGGUCCGAACCCCAGCCCAUCCCUCCUCUGGGUGAUGCGACUCCAGCAGAGAGGGAACCCAGCCCUGGGUUUUCCCAGGGGAAUUGCCCAGGAAGUCUGAGGACUUCGGGUCCCUCCCCGCACACCUCGCUUGGCUGUCAGGGGGAACCUAGCCCAAGCAGGGAGACUGGGAAAACCAGGAAGAGACUUAACCAGGGGUGUGACCAUGUGAGGAUGGGUCAGCAGCGACCAGCCCAAGAUACAAGGAACCAGUGAGGCAGCCAGAAGCAGCCGGCUCUUCUACCGAAGCCCAAGUUCCCACUGUGCCCACCCCACGUGGGGCCUGGGGAGCCCACAUAACCUCAGUUUUCCCAUUCACUGGAUCGGUGCGGGGGAGGAGGAGGAGGGAAUGAAGUCUUGAGGACCCAUGAGCAGGAGGCGUAGGGCAGGCUCAGAAGGGUGUUGGUAACUGGGGUGCCUCUGCUUCUGGGCAGCAAACCUCGGCGCUAUGUAGCUUUGAUCCCGCACGAAGCCUCCGCAGAGACCCAAGCCCGUCCUGCGUGCUCAUCUCCUAGGAGGGGCCUCUACCCCCAGCGAGUCCCUUUAGGCUGCUGGGUGCAGGGGGCUCCCUUGCAGCUCUGGAGCUGGGUCCUUGGGCCCACAGGGACUGCUUGUCCCACAGACAAGGCCACCGACUCCCCUUGGCAUUUGGGGGGCGAGCGGACAUGACCCUGCCCCACCCAGAGUGGCAUCUUUCCGUGUUGAGUCACUCUCGGCCAAGAGGCCUCUGUCUUCUGAUGCAGCACAGCUGUGCAGGGACAGAUGUGGCCAGUCUUCAAACCGCUACCCCCAGGCAGUGGGGGCCACCUUCCUCGGCCACGCCAGUGGCUCCCUCCAGCUCUUGCUCUUUAGAGUUGAGACCCUGGGGGAAUGGCUUAAGCCCCAGGCUACACCUCCCUUGGAACUUUCACCGCCUUCACCUGUUUAUCAAAAUUCUAUUCAUCUUCGCCAUCAGCACCAUCGUAAUCUACGCUCGGAUCACCUUUCUCAGGUGCUGCUGGGUAUGAGGCUCUGUGACGGGAGGCACAGCACUGACUCCACAAAGACUGGACCAAAUUGCUUGUCCCCCUUGGGGCACACGAGGCCACCUCUUGGCUCACCCCAUGUCUUGCCCUCAGCCAACAUGACAUUCCGAAAGGGACGGGCUGCUGCUGCGUGGGGAGUUGAGCUGAGUUCCUCCCUCGGGGGAGCUGGGGCACUCUCCCACAUGGACGUCACCUCCGUGAAAGAUGCUCACGUGUUUCUGAGCUUCAGACGCAGUCAUGUGACGCCUGUCCUGGACCAGGCCAGGGGGCUCGUAUCUCGGGUUUGGAGGAACUUGCUAGAAGUUGGGGACACACAGAUUCUUCAGUAGCAGCAGACACCCAGAUGUGUGUGGCCCAUCCAGUUCAGCCCAGGUUUCAACUGGAGCGUCCGCUGUAGCAGACGUUUGGCUCGUUAAGCUCUGGGCAAAAGGAGGACUGUUGUACCCUUGGUGACCCAGUCCAUGCGUCUGUAGCUCUCCCAGCCAGGAAGCAGCUCUUCCUUCGACCACAAUCUUCACCCACAUUCCUUGACUGGUCCCUCCUUCCUCCUGGAGACCUGGCUCAGGAAUCACCUGAGCCUUUUUAUGCCCUACGUUGCCCAGGCGCAGGGAUGCCAGGCAGAUGACAUUCCAAAGCUGGGACCAAUCCAAAUCUCUGCCCCCUGUGAUGAAACGGGAACAAACCAAAUGAUUCCUCAUUACGUUCGGCUUCUCUGGAGUUCUCCCAAGCCACCAUCUUGGUGUAGAAAAUGGGACUUAUUCCCCCAGGUGCCCACUCCCCUCAGAAAGAGACCUUGGCCCAGACAGCUCUUCCCUAAAAGCUCACUCAUGGCUUUGCUUAACCAACUCGGUGUAGAAAAUUCAGUCUUGGGGUUGGCAGCUCACAACCUCACCAGAGAGGUGGUGUGGGAUGAGAGGGACAAGGCCUCAAACUCUUGAGGGUUGACCACAGCCUGAACCCCAGCGGCUAGGCCAGCCCAGAAGCGACCCCCAUCCAUCCCUGCGAAUAGUCUGUAGCAAAAUAAGAGAUGUGUCCUCCAGCUUCUCACACGUCACUGGAGGCCCAACCUAUGGGCGGCCCCUCCCCGGAGCUCAUUGUACAUUAGCUGGAAACGUGGUGAUGUGCUGUUCGUCUAUAGGAAGUUGACUUUUCUAUCUAUAAAUAUAUAUCCAACAGGAAAGAAACCCACAGUGUGUGUCGUGCUAGUACCAGGGACCAUCUGUAGGGAUAUAUCUGCAUAGCGUGUGUUUCAAAGUAUACAUUCCAGGCUCUCUUGGGUUCUUCCAUUUUUAUUGCUUUGUUUUUGCCGUUCGGUAUUUCUCUCUUGCUAUGAAGAAAAAAAAAGCCAAUGUAUAAGAACCAAGCUACGCUUUUAUACUCGUAUAUUUUACUUGGUUUACCUUUGCCGUUCUUUUGCCAGAGGAACAUGGAGGAGAAGUGAGGGGGGGGUGAGAGAGAAGGGAAGGAUGAAGACAGGUUGGCCCAGAAGAAAACCGAGAGCGGAUGUCCAGUCUGGCGGUGGCUUGAGGACAGGAAGGUCCCAGACUUUGGCCUCUCAAGUCCAGCAUGUCCAUGGAGCUGGUGAAGCAUCCUGUGCUUUGCAUUGUGGAACUUGGCAAAACUCCAUGAUUGCCCCAAAAGGACUUCCUCUGGGGCCUCUCUCAGAUGGAGGUUCCCCCCAAGCUCCCAAAUGCACCCUUCACUCUUGGACGCUUUUUGAGGUCGACGGGUCUUCUCUCCUCCCCUCCUGCAGAGGCACCAAACCCAGACCAAAUGGGGGGUCUCCAGCCGCCAUCGUGAAAUGCUCAGAGACACGGCGCAUCGAAUGCAUUCUCUGCCAACUGUAAGGUGGCCGGUCCCCUGCUUGGGAACAAUCUACGCGGCACUCUAGAUCGUUCCUCCUUCCUAGUAACUGCAACUUGGUUGCAUCCAUGUUUGACUCGCAGCCAUUUUCCUCCACGUGGAAGUGAGCGUGUGUGCAUGGGCGUGUGCGUGGGGUGUGCGUGUGGACGCGAGGGUGUGUGUUUAAGUAUAAUCGCACCAUAAUUUAUUCAGCUAUAUGGAGUAGUAGACUAGAAAGAGAAACCGGCAUUCGCUUUAACUA